UUUUAAACAUUUUUUUAUUGUUGACAUCUAGUACAGAGAAAGUGUUAGGAACUGCAACACCAAAAGAACCUACAGCACAAUGUCAAGCAGCAUGGCAUUUUUCAACAGGAGAUGAAUUAAUGAUAAGUUGGGAAUCAUCAUCAUCAUCAACAACAUCAGGCUUGAAAUUUACUCUGAUUAAUCAAACAUCUCCGGACUCAUCGGUAAUGUGCUUAUACUUUUGAGAGGUCGGAAAAUGCAGUAUCAAGGGAAAACUGGUCUACAAAGUAAAGACCAAGAGGAAGACGACGAGGGUUUUGUGACACUCAUUCGCUUCUCAGAAGAAAACCCGACUGGAAGAGUCACUGCUCUAUUGAAUUGGAAGCUACUGGUUAUAGAACUAUUGCCGGAAGAGGAUGCGGUUUUGGUACUUCUUUUAUGCGUCUCUAUACUCAGAAGUGUAUCCGAAAUAAGAAAGGAAGAUUUAGGAAGUUUAUUGAUCCGGAGAAGAUUGAAGGAAGCAAAACUCGGAGCCAGAGACUGGGGUUCUGUAAUCCUUCAUCCUUCAUCAUUCUCCUCCGCCGGAUCUUCACCGUACAUUCAACCUUGGUAUUGGAAUGCUAACCAAGUAAUGGCACGUGGAGUCGACAACAUUACCAGGCAACCGGAUUUCAGGUACUCCCUGGUCGAAGGCGGUGACAACUUGUACAAGAAAGGAAUCAUUUCAUGAGAUGCUUCCUCCAUAUGAUUUUUGUAUCAGUAUAUUCUUAUACAGAAAUGGCCCAUUAGUUUGCAUAUGCUCCUGCACAUUUUCUAUAAUAAAAAACUUGACCUUGCAUGUGCACUUUGCACGUUAAGGGCUUCUCAAAAGUUGCAGAAACC